UAGGAGUCAGUAUGUUUUUUUGGCCCACUCCAAGUAUGAAUAUAUUGUUGUAGCUUAUUGUUAUUCAUUCUCUAAAUAUUGGAUAAGUCUUUAGCGUAAAUGUUUGCCAAACUCCCAAUCGAAUCUAACGGAAGUGUGUUUAUUUUUUCAGAUAAGAAAUCCUUUAUUCACCGGUUAGGACUCAUUAAGUCUGAAAAAGAUGGAGUUCCAGAUCUGAAACACAUGGCGAAGAACUGUCAGGUGAACAGCAUGAACAGCAUGAACAGCUUGAACAACAUGAACAACAUGAACAGUAUGAACAGUAUGAACAGCGUGGGGGCGGGGGCGAACAGCAUGGGGUUCCUGCACGGGAACAACCUGGGUCCGUCGGCGAGCGAGCUGUACGAGAACCUGCUGAUGCACUCGUCCAACGACCGGCAGCACUACCUGUCGAACGCACUCUCGAUAUCGCAGCGGUACCUGGACCAGCUGCAGAACUGCAACACGGGGGUCGUGGCGCUCCACAACAACUCAGCGAGCAACAACUCCUACGUGGACUACUACGAGUCCAGCUCGGACGUCUCGACGGCGGAGAUGAGCAUGCAGGAGUACAGCAUGAACAGCUCGGGCAACAACUCGAUGCUCAUGGAGUACCGUCCGCGGAAGCACAACAAGGACAAGGAGCCCGUCUUCGGCUGCGAGGACUGCGGCAAGCGCUACCGCUCCAAGACCUCGCUCAGCCUCCACAAGCGCCUCGAGUGCGGCAAGGAGCCCGCCUUCGCCUGCCCCUUCUGCCCUCUCAAGACCCACCAGAAGGGCAACCUCCAGGUCCACAUCAAGAAGAAGCACUCCAACCCUCGCGAGUUCCCCGGGCACACGCUCACCUAAUCGCCCAAUCCCGACUCCGUCAGAUAUUCACUCCAAGGAUUCCAAGAACCGGGAAACUUCCUGGAGUAACAGCAGGGCUCACUCUUGAGAUUCAUUGACAAAACUAUAGACGAAGAAGACGGAAGGGAUAUGGAGGGAUCCUCUUGGUGGAAGCGGGUAGUUGCAGUGGACGAAGGAGGUAGGUAAUAGACUAACUAACGGCAACCCACGAGAGACCGUAUACUUAGUCAGUCCAUCAUUUUCUCCCUCAGUCUAAAGUAAACAUUCAUUUCAACCAAUUGGAUGGCUUCAUACUCCUAAUGUCGUCUUUAUCUGUUUGUCUAUCAACUUGAAUAAUCAGCCUGCAGGGCUCAUUAUUGAAAUUGUUAGACAAAGUGAUAGAUAAAGGAAACGCCGGGAAAUGGAGCGAUCCAAGGGUGAUACAGGUGGUUCUCAUAGAUCAGGGGGAAAUGAUGGACCAACUGUCGGGUUCCCCAUGGGUUGCUGUUAGUUGGUCUAUUAAUUACCUCCUUUGUCCAUUGCAAACACCACCUUCCACCAUCUGGAUGGCUCCUUUUUCUCUUAGUCCUCCUAGUCUAUAGCUUUGGCCAUCAAUUUAAAUAAUGAGCCUACGAAACUCGCUCCAAGUCUUUGUUGAGUAGAUUUGUAGGGAAACUCCCACGUCCAUCACCGGGAUCGUCCAAGAAUGUUUCCUAUCUUGGGAUUCUUUUAAGAUGGCAAGAAGUCUCUUCGGGGCCACUGGGAUUUUUUAAGUGAUAACAAGGUUCCGGCUCGGAAAUAUCCUUCCGUGUGGCGUUUUUGUUGUGAAGUAUAGCUUUCUUGAAGCAAGGAGAAUUCUAGCUGUCCCCAUGGACAGUUUUUGCACGGAAAGUAAAUAUUUGUCGCUCUCGUUGAUCUGGAUUUUUCUCCCGGUCGUGAUCUUCGAGAAAGUACCGAGUGCUCCAAACAGAUCUCAGGUUCCGGCGAUGUUCUACGUAAUUUUUUUUUGUUUCAUCCGGAAAUUUUUUUCCGGUGUGGGCAUACACCCCUGUAUUUUGUUUCGUGCUGAGAGUUUCAGUUUUUUUUUCCUCGCACACUGACGAUCGUUUUUAGGUUUCUCCUCGAGCACAUGAGGCUCGAAACAUCUGUGAUGAUUCAUUUUCGUCCCGAUCGGAUACUUUCGUCGUAGGAAAAGAGGACGCUUUGGUUUCAACCCUCAACCUAAUCGAUCACGUGAAUUGGAAAUUUCGGGGCAAGUCCUCGCCAGUGGUUUCCGCAACUUUCUUAUCGACAAUCUUUUGUUAUUCCUUUCGAUUUCAGCUAGUUCCUCGUACCAUUGCAUAGAGUAUCGUAGAGAGUAUCUAUGUCCGUUUAAAAUCAGCGUCAGUACAAACCAAAUUCUAAAAGAAUAACCCUUUCAUUCCCGAGUUCAAGUUCGCGCACACCCCUCUGAGCUACCAUAGAGUCCUCGUCUUUCGAAUGAUAAUUAUUCGGUUCUCGUGACAAUUUUAGCCGGUUCGAUGAUCUUUAAGUAUUCGGCUGAUGCCCGAUCAUUGUGUUUAAUUUUAUAAUUGAUUAUUUUGCUUUUAUGUUAGUUAUGAUUUGAAUUUCUGCCCUGAAUUCGUCUUAGAACGAUUAAAAAUGUGAUAUUCUCUUUUAUUCUUUGAUUUUUUAAUUUAUAUCGGCUGAGCAGCGUCUCCUCCUCUUUUCACAGUUGUCUAGGUAUUCAGUCAUGCCGCAGCUACACCCGAUAGAUUUUGUUCGUUUGAUCUUUUCAGAGAACAUCACUGACAUCCAUUUGGUUACCGAUUUGAGUUCAGUUUUAAGCAUUCCUAGUCCUAAUUUUGUAAUUCGGCAGAUGCUCCCACCGAUGGUUCACGCAAAUCUUGCCUCUUUGAGUUUUGUUUCAUCCAAUUUAUUUCACCUUCAAGUUCGCGUGCUGUACAUUUCAACUUAACCUUAGUUUGAAAAACAAGAACUACGCGCCCCAUUAGCAUCUCACAUUCUCAUCGUUUCAUCCAAAAGGACUUUUCUUUUUCUAUUUUAAGUUGUCGGAUUUAAAGGUAGGUAAUCAAAACGACUCGAAGUUAAAGGAAAUAACAGGCCAUUUUGCCACCGUCAGAGACUGACAAUGAGGCUCACCUAAUCGAAGGUAAUGUCUCAGAGCUCCCUAAACAACUAUCAGGGUUUCUACAGAGUAAAGAGAAACCUCAAGAGUCUCUUGAUCACCCAUUCAAUUUACUUAUGUUUAUAAUUUUACCUCUCUUAUUCCGUUCUCGAGUUAAUUUCACUCUUCCUUUUCUUAAUCAUUUCAUCACAAAAUCCUCAACCUUUUUCAUAAUUUAUUUUCUAAUUUGCGUUCAUAAAUCAGCCAGAAUCUUGAGUGUCUUGAUUUUUCGUCACUUCCCUUUUUGGUAUUCUAGCUUGCACUUAAGUAUCUAUUUCGGGAUAAGUCAAUCAAGGUAAAAUUUAAAAUAAAUUAUCCUAGGUAAAUCUUUUACACGAGUAAGCAAUUGCACGUUCUUUCUCUUAGGACAUGAUGUCUUCUCCGCUAUCACCGCUAUUCUAAUUAAGUAACUUUCAAUCAUCUCCCAUAGCAUUAACUAGAAUUUCGAACUGUUUUUUUUUUCUAUCACAAGUUCCUAGAUUUAAGUCAUUUUUUUAGGUAUAUUUUUCUGUUUUAAUAAACUGUUCUGUGCUGUUUAUUUUAUUUUAUUCUCAUGUCCUGUGACUUUACGAUUGAUAUUUACGUCCCCAUGUUAUACUCUCUUAAAUUUCGUUAGGUUUUUCAUCCUGUAGAGUAAGAUAGUAUUAAACACUUUCAGUAUUAUUGUUUUUGUAAUAUUGAUUUAAUUUCUUAGGUUUUUUUUAUUAUUUUUUCCUCUUACAUGUUUUUGGAAUCUUUCUUUCCUCUGAAUAUAUGAAAAUGUGUCCAUCAACUCAUUGAAAUGAUUCUCCAGGAUUUUAAAAUGAGGCUUUCAUUAUUGUUCCUCUCGUUUAACCAUAAUCAUUCAUUUACCUUAUCAUAUUAUUUUUUCCAUGUAUCAUUAGUUUGUAUAUAUUUGUUCUGAUCGAUUUUUCAAUUGAUACUUACUCUUUUGUAAUUGGUGGAUUUGUUGCAGUGAUAUUUUAUUAUUCCUUUCCGUAUUUUCCCAUCCCUCUGUUUUAUUUCUCUUUCCUAUUUCAAGGUUUGGAAGUGUUCAUGCAAUCAGUCAAACUUUUCCAUUUCUCAUUCGUGAAGUUUAACGGUAGAGGUUUAGCGUGUGAAGUAGGGAAUAGCAAAGGAUAAAUGGACGGCAAAACCUAAAUAAGAACUAACUUUGCCUCAUCUCAGAAACAGCCUAUCUUCCGUUGAUUUCCCUAUCAUUGGCGAUCUAGCAUAUUGGCAACAUUGCCUUUUCUCCAUUCAUACCUGUGGAAAUGUAUCGAUUCGUGGAGGGGCCUGGUGCUCCGACAAGAAUCGAUUAUUUUGGAACAGGCUUAAAUGGAGGCAAUCCUGUGUUGCCAAAUUGCUGGAUCCGCCUCUGAUCCCUAUGAAGUGAGAUGCAUCUAUGAAUCACCUAGAAAAGUUGGUUUCUUUAAGUGCAAUGCCGUCUAGAAAUACGAUAAUGGAGCUAGUCGGGAACUCUCUUUAAGAUUCUAUUCGAAAUGUAGAAUUUCGAAAGGACUUGAGUUUUCAGAAGAAUGUAGAUUUUAAUAAGCAUAUUUGUUGUAGAUCUUUGUAUUAUAAAUUUUUGACCUAUAUCGUCGUGAUGAAUUAUGAACAAAUAUUCCUCUAUUUUUUGAAAAUCCCCCAAUUCCUGUUUCUAACAAGUGUGUACAUAUAUACUUUUAUCUUUAAAAACUUUCAUGUAUAGGUAUGAAUUAUAUUUAUGCAUACGUACAUUAUGAAUUAUUGUAUAAUGAUUGCACGUAUACGAUUAAAUUUAUCGAUUAAUUUAAGGCAUUGAUCAAUAGUAAUAAACUGAAACGUAAAACGCUUCUUCCAAAUCUCAUAUCAUAUAUCGACUACACAAACAUUCACUUUUGAUAACUAGCUUUGAUUCUAUACAGAAGACUUGGCUCUUGCAUAAAUUGAUUUCAUAGUUUUAAGAUUUAGUUUAUAAGGUUCCCAGUAUGUAUAGUUUUUCUGGAAUAGUUAAAAAAUUAUUUGACAUCACGACAAUACAACAUGAUACAUACCUUAUACAAUAAUAAUACAUAAACAAUGUAAUUUCAUAGCUCCCCCUUGCUCACAAUUCUUAUAGAUUGGCUCUAUCCUCAGUUUAUUAUUCUAAGAAGAGCAAGUAUGUCUAACACUUCCUUUUCAAUUUAUCUUUAUGUGCAAAUUUUACUACCCGAUCAAUUAAUUUCUUCAUGUUGUAGGCUGUACCAUACUCUGACACAAAUUUUAUUAGUUUCUCGUGACAUGUUUCCAACCAUGACCAUUAAUUUUUUGCUUCUUUUUGCUGAAUUGUUCCACUCCUUAAUAAUUAAUUUGUAUCAUCUCUAAGUAUUCCAAGACUAAAGCGUAAAGUAAAAUAUGUUCAAGGUGAGCCUGUGUCCCAACCAUACGGUCUGUGCUAGGAAUUCCCACCACUUCAAGCUUUUCAGUUCCUCUUGUCCCUCCCAGCAAAUUUAACAAUAUUGAGUAAACCCAAUUGAUAUCUAUCCUGACCUAUUCUAUUUAUGAACGAAAAAAAUCUAACACACCCGAACUUUCUAACGGUGCACACUAAGUAAUCAUUAUAUCUUCUUGGCGAAUCUGAGGUAUAAGAAAAUAGAAAAUCUCAUCUAAUUUUCAUUGACACGCCAGAAUAGUGUUUUUAUGUACCUAUAAUUUCAAUUACAGGAUAUCGAAUCCUUGUGUGUUUAGAAAAAAAAAAAACUUUUUUUUGCAGGGAGGUCCAUAUAUUAUAAUUUCCACACUUAGGACCAUAACUUUAUCUUUGCAUGCUCUUUGGAAAUAACCGGCAAAUUGAAUUAUUUAAUUAAAAUACUUCCUUUGCGAGUUAGUUGAGUGUCAAAGAACGCAUAUCCUCCCUGCCUGAAAAUUUUUGGCGGAAAUUUAGAAAAGCUAGUCAUGGUAAAACAAUAUUUGGCAUUACAGUCUCCUCUGGAUUUUAUCCAAGCAUGACGAGCACUUCUAGCGUCUUACUUCCCCUCUCGUACACUCGUAUGGUUAGAUUUAAAGUUAGAGUUAGUGGAACUCAGUGGCGUGGCGUGC